AUGGCUAUCGAAACCCCCAUGGAUCGGCCUGCGCCCGCCGCGGAGAGCGUUGUCACACCGCGACAAACCGACAUUGACGAGAAGCACGUGAUGGACGUUACGAAUAACUCAAGUGAAGAGCAUAAAGAAAAAAAGGAUUUCCCGUUGACCUGGAAACUCAUCGCUCUCAUAAGCGGCGUUGCCCUCUCCUGGGGCUCAUCGUUCUCCGAAAAUACACUCGGUCCGCUGAAGAGCACGAUGAUAAAACAGCUAAGCAUCAAUAACUCCCAGUACGGAGCCAUCUCCUCCGCCACGUCACUGGUUAAUACAAUCCUUCCCAUAGUGGGUGGAUAUGGACUCGAUCAUUACGGCGUUGAAUGGGGCUCGAUGGCUUGCUCUGUUGUGAUAUUAGUUGGGGCGGUAGUUUCAGCGUCUGGCUCAAACAACAACUCAUUCGCUCUUGUAGUGGCUGGUCGAGUCAUCAUGGGAUUUGGCAGCACUGUAAUUGAGACGUGCACAUCAAAGAUCCUUGCGCAUUGGUUCCAACAUAGAGGCCUUGGACUUGUAUACGGGCUUGACUUAGCAGUUGGAAAGUUAAUUGUACUCAUUGCCAGGGCUACUGCUGUUCCAAUGCGGGACGCUGCCGCUUUUUGGGGUUGGGCACUAUGGGUUCCUGCUCUAGUUUGCUUCGUAAAUUUGUUGCAAAACAUCUUCUACGUCUGGUGGGCCAAAGGUCGUCCACAAUGGACGCACAUGCCAACGGGUCAACAGCUAGCAAGAGAGAAGGCAACGUCUAGAAAACACCCGCAUGCAGAAAAUGUGGCCACGAAGAGUACAUGCUGGACCGGCGCACUUCCCAACUUGAACGCUCUAGUCAGCGUUCCGCGUUUCUUCUGGCUUAUUGCCUGCACCCAAAUUCUGCAGGCCGGUGUUGUUGGUGGUUUCAAUGGCCUCAACGCCGACAUAAUCUCUCAGACCCGAGGGUCCACAGCCCAGCUUGCUGGUUACACAUCAGCUGUACAACAAGUUAUUCCUGUCGUUUGCGCGCCAUUACUUGGCAUCUAUUUUGACACCUUCGGCCACAGGAUGUUAUUUGUGAGUCUGACGUCAGCUAUUUGGAUCUUGGUGUACUGUCUCAUUGGGUACACCCAGACAAAUGCAUUAGGCGCAAUGGUCAUCGCCUCCUUGGCAUCAACAAUGAAUGCACUACCUUUCUUGGCAUCGAUUCCUCUAAUCGUGCCAGACCAAGUGGAACUUGGUCUGGUGUUUGGCAUUUGGAAGGUUCUUAACAACAGCGGAAGUGUGGUUGUUGACAUGAUUGCCGGCCGACUCCAAGAUAUCACCCCUGAAGGCACAUACGAGCGUGUGAUUGCAUUUUUCGUAGCUGUGAAGGGCCUUGAGUUCUGUCUCGGUCUGUUUUAUGGCGUCCUCGACAGGAAAUACCUCUCUGGCAUUCUUACCAUGAGCGAAAAGAGGCGCAUCAGAAUUGAAAAGGAAGGAAGGCUUAAAGAUCCUGUUGGUCGAAAAUCUUCGAAGAUCUUUACCGCAGUAGGGAUUUCCCUGCUUUCCGCCAUGAUUAUACUUGCUUGGAUUUUGUUUAUUAUGUAUUCUAUUUAA